UGGAUGAUACAUAAUAUGGUAGAUGGAGAGGUGAGGAAAGGAAGGUGGAGGCAGAUCAAUAAGGAAGGAAGAAGAGACCUAGAUAGACAGAGAAACGGAACUCAACACAGGAUAGGUAAUAGCACCGAUACGCGCCAGGGAUGGGAAUACGAAAUGGAAAGGAAAAGGAAAAGGUGACGGGACUUAAUGGACAGGACCACCCGAGGAAGGAAAAAAAAAAAGCAAAAAGGAAAGGAAAAAGGGAAUGUCAAAAGGACCUGGCGUUGCGUUUCGGUGUAUACAUACAUACAUACAUACACUAGCUAUUACUUCAUCCAGGAGUUCGGAUAUUUCCGCGGGUUUCUUCUUUACUGCUGUCAUUUUCCUAUCGUUCUUCUGGUGUUCAUAUGGCGGGCUCGGCUCGGUUCGGGAGACAAGGCAGGCGGAGAGGAAAUGGGAUGCAAACGGUGGUCACAAGGUCUAGACUUCCACUUGCGGUGUUAGACAGACAGACACAGUUCAG